AUGGAGGACAGCAACAUUCAAAGCAGUGAAAAAGACCAAGAAAUACUGGAGAAUGAGUGCCCCUGGCCGCACCUGGAGGAGCUGUUCAUGUACAGAGGGAGGAAAGGAGACAGCAUGCUAAUGCAGUGCAAACUUUGUUUGCCAUCUGUGGUGAUUUCGGCAUACAAGACUUCAGCCUCUAAUCUCAAAAAACACAUUAUGAGGAAACAUCCAUCAAAGAUUGAUCAGUACCAUGACAUCAUUGCGACAUCAGCUAGUUCUCAACGGAAGACCACAGCCAUACCAAACAAGCUCUCAGCAAGUAAGCAAGUCAAGUUACCAGAUGUGAUGUUGGCACCUGUAAACAAACGUGUCCCUCAAGCAACUGUUGACAAGCUUAUCAUCAAUUUCAUAUGUGAAGGUCUACAGCCAUUUGCAGUAGUUGAACAGCCAGCUUUCAAAGAAUUAAUUACCACAUUGCAACCUCAUGCCAAAGUCAUCUCCAGGUCCACAGUUCGUACCAGAAUCUGUGACGCUGCUGAAGACAUAAAGACAACUAUAAUUGCAGAAUUGGGUAAAGCCAAAUUUGUUGCAACCACAACUGAUUGUUGGUCAGCUCAUCAGAAAAGUUACCUUGGCGUCACUUGCCAUUGGAUAGAGGAAGAGUCCUUGGAAAGAAGAUCUGCAGCACUAGCGUGCAAAAGAUUGAGAGGGUCUUACACAUUUGACAUGAUUGCUAGUGCUCUUGAUGAUGUCCAUUUCCAAUACAAGAUUAGAGACAAAGUUGUAAGGACGACAACUGAUAGUGGAUCCAACUUUAUCAAAGCUUUCCAUGUGUUUGGGGCACAGAAUGAUGCAGAGGUAGAUGAGGAUGAAGCAGACUUGGAUACUCUUGAUGUGAGUGACCAUAUUGAAUAUCACGAUAAAAAUGUGAUCCUUGAUGAAGACUCUGGUAUGGAAUAUCAACUACCCCCACAUCAACGAUGUGCAUGUCACCUGUUAAAUCUUGUGGCAACAGCAGAUACAGCUCUUGCAGAGUGCAUGAAUGACACCUACCUACAAAAGGCUUUUUCGUUGAGUCCUGCAGAAGUUGCAUUCCUCCGGGAGUAUUGCAUCACCAUGAAGCCGCUGGUAAAAGCUUCAAACAUUCUCCAGUCAGAGUCCAGCACCUACAUGGGAUGGCUGCUGCCAGUAAUCCACCAACUUCUAUCAAAACUGAACAGGCUGGAGACAUCAAGCAAGACCUGCAUGCCACUCAUCAAAGCCCUGCAAAAUGGCCUGCAGAAGCGUUUUGGACAGAUGAUGGCGAAUCCAGACUUGGCUGCUGCUGCAGUCCUUUUACCCAAGUUCAAGACCUCCUGGACUGACAGAGCAGAUGUUAUAGAGGCUGCCUUGACAUACCUGAAACAACAUCUUGAAACCACGGAGCAUGAGAGUGAGCAUCAGCAGAGAGAGUCAUCUGAUGAUGAUGAUUUCUUCUCCAGACCACUCUCCAGAAUGAUGCAAAGUCCCAUUGAGCCUGAUGGUUACCUUGCAUGUGCCUCGGACAGCAUGGAGCUGCUUCACUCCUUCCCAGCCAUCAAGAAGCUGUCUCUUAAGCUAAACACAGCUCUGCCUGCAUCAGCUGCAUGCGAACGGCUUUUUAGCUGUGCCGGUCUACUAUUCACAUCCAAACGAAGCCGAAUAGACUCUAUGAAUUUUGAAAAUCAGCUUUUGCUGAAACUUUACAAAAGGUUCAGAAAGUGA